AAAAAAAAAUGUUAGAUUCUCAAUCAUCCCUUCACUUCACUCCACUGUUGCACAAUUGCUUCCAACAAUCAUAAAAAAAACUCACUAUAAAUAGAGAAAGAAUAUCAUCCCUGUAUUCUUCUCUUCUUCAUCAAACAAUCUCUCUCUCAUGAUGAGCCAUUCCCUCUCUCCCUCCUCCUCCGUCGCCGGAUUCCUCAGCUUCUUGUCGGAGCAACUCGACAAUCUCGACCACCUCUUUCUCUCCCACAACUUCAUGUCCGCCGCCUUCCUCCACCACGUCCUCUCCACGCUCCGAUCCUUCCAUUCCCACCUCACCUCAUUGCUCCACAAGCUCCACCUCCCCUUCGGCGACAAAUGGCUCGACGAAUACAUGGACGAAACCUCCCGCCUCUGGGACGCCUGCCACCUCAUCAAAUCCGCCCUCUCCGCCUUGGAAAACUACUAUUCCCCCGCGGCCUCCUUGCUCCGCGCCCCCCACCCCCACCCCCAGGUUAUUAGGGCAAUCAGGGGAUGUGAGAGGGAGUUGACAGCACUACAGCACGAGAACAGAAGCAUGGCGGAGAUCAAAAUCCAUACAUUAUCGUUAAAAUUCAAGGACAGCGUUGCGUCCAAGCGAUACAACGGUUUCAGAGAGGCGUUACACGCGAUGAGGCACGUGAGCACGUUGCUUCUGUUGAUUCUCGUGAGCGGUUUAGUCUACUGCUGGCCGGAGACGAGCUUUUACCAAGGCGAGCAAGACAAGUCCUCUGCUCUGGCGGCCUCGGCUGCCAACUUGCAUCAGAGGGUGGCGAGCGCGGUGGGGCACCACCACCACGAGCCCGGGAUCAUGCUCUACGAGCUGAGGAGGUCGGCUUUCGCGAUGGAAGAGCUCAGGGCGGAGAUCGAGGGCGAGGGCGAGGGCGAGGUUGGUGAGAAGGUGGAGAGUUUGAGGAGCUUUGUUGAAGCCUUGCAGUGUGGGGCUGAGGGGAUAAUUGGACAGCUUGAUGAUUUCUUUGAUGAGAUUGUUGAAGGGAGGAAGACACUUUUGAACAUGUGUUCACAUACAUAGUUAGAGAGAAAGAAGUUUUUUACUUUUUUAUGAAAAGUUUUUUUUUAUAAUUUGAAUCUUAUGCUUAAUAGAUCAAAAGGAAAGGAAAUCUUCAAGGGAAAGAAUGUGAUUCUGAGUUUCAAUAAUAUAAAUAAAGCAUUGCCAAAUUGGGGGAAGAAA